AUGCUCUCGACGAUGCAAGCGGACGAUGGGCCAUCGCCGAGGCCUUCUGCUGACCCCGCAUCGACUGAGGACUCCAUUUUCACCGUCGACAUCCACCCUCCGCUCUCUGCACUUUUGCUGCUUCUCCACACACCCUCGCUCCUGCCGCACAUACACUCCGCGCCCGUGUACAGAACAUCGCCAGGGAAGGUCGAAGCCCUCGACGCUGUGCAUGCUCGCCUGUUUGUUCCCUCAAACUCUUCGAACCUUGAUCCCCCUCGCCUACCCAACUGUGCCUAUACCCAUCUGUGGCACCCACUACCCAGGCCCACACUUGCCUCCCCUUAA